CGAAAAAGCUACUGAUAAGGGCAGCGGCAUUUUCGUAAUUUCAUCGACUUCUGAAAUCUAUCCGCUUCGUUGAAAAGCUCAUAUUCUUUUCAUUCCCUGCGUAACCUUCCUUUCUCUCUCUCUUUCUCUUUCUUCAACAGAAAGCAGUGUCACUACGCCCACUAGAGCUUAUCUCAAAUGUACUCGUUUCGGUAUUUACAGCUUUAGGCUCAGAUUUUGUCAUUUCUGAAUCAGCGGCGUCUUAUUUGGGUUUCUGUUCUUAGUUUUCCUGUUGAGCUUUCACUGUUUUCUGGAUUACCCAGAAUAUUCAUCUCACUCUGCAUAAGAAUUUCGUUGCGCCAUGGCAUCUGAGAACGGGAUUACAGUGGAGGAUGAGAGUAUUGUCAUUAAGAAAGUUGAUGUGGAACAGUCUGACAUGGAAUCAAAGAAAGAGGAACAUAACUCUGAUAGUGGUGAAAAGGUUUUGAAUGAAAGUGAACCUUCAGAAACUGUGGCCAAAGCUGAAGGUCUUAAUUCAUCUGGGGUCAAAGCUGAAGCUGCUAUAGAUGUCACAGAAAGUAAAAUCUCAAAACCCUUUAAGGAGCAGAGUAAGUCAAAUGUUGGUCUCUCAAAGAAUGGUAAACUAGCUAAAGAUAAGCCUAAUUUAAAAGGCUCGGCUCCAUUUUUACGUAACCAGAAGCCAAAAGUCCUCUCCCAGAGCCUUUCAUUUCCAGCUAGAGGUAACCAUGCUGAUGCUUUGAAGAAAAGUAUCGAUGGACACCCAUUGAAAAAUGGUGUCAAACAUGGCCAAGAAAAUGGAGCAAAAGCUCAUCAUGCAUUGUCUUCUAAUGGAUUAGUUACUUCAGUAUCCCGCUCGAAUUAUCCUAACAAACGUGCACCCACUGCAACAAAUUCAAAGGAAGCAGAGAGCAAUUCUGCUGGAAUUCCUUCUAGGCGGGCAACUUUAGCAUCUGUUUCUAGUAUUCGACGAGCUGGGCCUACAAAGUCCAAUUCUGUUACUGCAGCGACUGACUGCCUACCAUCUGAAGUCUCCGAAGAAACUGAUCAAAAUGCAAAACCUGAGAUGACAACUUUGCCAAGCAAAGACGAUGAAGACGCCCAUUCCACUACUUCGACUUCCACACAUGGAAGAAGAAACAGCGGGUCUGGAUUUUCAUUCAGGUUGGAUGAACGUGCUGAAAAAAGAAAGGAGUUCUUCCUGAAGAUGGAAGAGAAAAUCCAUGCUAAGGAAAUUGAAAAAAAUAACUUGCAGGCAAAAUCAAAGGAGAACCAGGAGGCGGAGAUCAAACAAUUAAGAAAGAGCUUGACAUUUAAGGCUACACCAAUGCCAAGCUUCUAUAAAGAACCUCCACCAAAAGUUGAACUGAAGAAGAUACCAACUACACGUGCUAAAUCUCCGAAGCUUGGAAGACAGAAAAGCUCCACUGCUGCAACAAACACCUCCCCAGAAGUUGCUGGAGUUCCUUCUGCUAGCCCACAUCUGAACCGCGAACAGAGCAACUCUACCAAGGGAAUCCAACCAAAUGGUGAUAAUGACAAUUCCGGUGCUUCAAAAAGACCUUUUAAGAAAUCCCAAUCCAAGCUUCAUCCCCGGGAUAGCCCCGUCAACACAAAAACCGAAGCAAAACCAGUCAAGCCAAAACCAAAGUCCAGCGCUGCAUGUAGCCAAAACCAGGAAGCAGCAAGCACUGCAAAACCCAUAGACGACCUGACAUUUUCUUCGAGUAUUCCCAAACUUGAAGAUGCCAUAGCUGCUCCAAUGGCUGAAAUGAAUCCUACUCAGACUGAUGGACCCAUUUCAAGUUUGGCCAAUGCUGAGAUCAUGCCUCUUGGAGUCACAGUCGGGUGAAGAAUGAAGAUUAUAUACAAGUCAGGCGUUAUAGAUGUUCUUUAUUCUUGAAUCUAUUCUGUUGUGAAUAGCAUAUUAUUAUUAUAUGUUGCUUAUGAGUUGUGACAUUCUUUUUGGGGAAUUAUUAUUUAAAGGUAUAUAAUAUAUAUAUAUA